AUGAAGCUUCGUGAUCUGGCAGCAAAACCUCGCAUUCUAUGUCAUGUAAACUCUGGUUCAAUAGCGUCCUUUUGGUUCGAUAAUUGGACAGGACUGGGAUCUCUAAUUGAUGUUAUUGGAGAGCUUGGACCUCAGGUCUCUGGCAUUUCUAUUGAUUCUUCGGUUGCUGAGGCUGUAGUGGCAGGAGCAUGGAGUUCUACGCGAUCUAGGAACCCAACGCUGCUAAGGCUUCGUCAAGCUUUGCCAAGACGAAUGCUGACUCGUGACAGGCUGAGAUUAUGGGGUCUGGUUGUUCCUGAGGAGUGUCUCCUGUGUGGUCGCGCAGUAGAGACAUCUAUUCAUCUGUUCUUCGAGUGUCAAUUCUCACACUCGGUGUGGAGAAUUCUGCUAUCAAAGCUCAGACUUCAUCUUCCUACGCAACUGGAAGAGAUUGUACUUUGGCUAACCUCAGUCCCUUUGCGCAAAGAGAUUAAAUCUAUCUUGAAGUUAGUUUUCCAAGCUGCGGUCUAUUUCAUUUGGAAGGAGAGAAACUCUCGGCUCCACUCUGGUUUGAAUAAGCCAACAUGGCUGAUAGUUAAAGAGAUACAUCUUCAGAUUAGGGCAAAGCUUCUUGCUCUUGACAGGGAAAACACACUCACCACUACAGCUCCUCGCAGACGACAAAAGACUUACCUGUCCACAUAG